UUUACCCUCCUUCCAGACAGCAAAACAACACCCUCGGUAUAAAAGGGGCAUGGAGGAGGAGGCUGUUUAUUCCAAGAGCUGCAGCAAAGCUGAGCACAACUGAGGACAGAGACUUUUUGACUUAAAGACUGGGGCAGAGAGGCGGAGGCGCAGGGAUGUGGGCCAGCGUGGGCCUGCUCCUCACUCUCUGCCUGCUCCAAGGGGGGGCGGCAGAGAGUGAGGGCGGCGGGUCUCGCUGCUUGCAGGCGCCAGAUUGGAAGAUAGGAGAAGUGGAUCCCAUGAAGGAGGCGGUGGGGAAGGUGACAGUGGUGGCGCUGCUACAGGCGAGCUGACUUUUCUGCUUGGUGCAGGCGUCCAGAAUGGAUGGCCUGCGCCAGAAGCUGGAGAGCCAGGGUCUGAAGGACGUGACCUACAUGGUUGUCAACCACCAUGGGAAGCAAGCUCAGCAACUUCACCCCAUGCUGAGGAAGUGGCUUUCCCAAAACAUCACCCUGUACAAACAGGAAGUGGGGCAGAAGGAUGUCUGGCAGACGCUGAGUGGAGAGAAAGAUGACUUUCUCGUUUAUGACAGGUGUGGCCGACUCACCCGGCAGAUUUCCCUCCCGUACUCCAUCAUCGGACAUGGCCACAUCGAGGGGGCCAUCAGGGAAGCUUACUGCAGUGGCGUGUGUGGAGCCUGCAGCCAUGAGCCUGCCGAGACUCAACAGGAGUGUCAGUCAAAACCAACAGAGCAGCCCAACGUUCCAGUCCCACCAGUGGAGCCGCACGGUCACCAUCACGGGCACCAUCACGGGCAUCACCACGGUCAUGGACACCAUGGAAACCACCAAGGCUCUCAUGGUGUCGGCCAUGGCGGUCAUCGCCACAGUGGUCAGGGACAAACAGGUGUAGGACAGCAGGUGGUGUUCAACCCAGAUCUUUUCCACAUGCAGGACGGGCCUCAGGAGGCUCAGGGAGCACAGGUCAUGCAGCGCCCCUGAGUGUCCGACACGGCCAGGUGAAAGUUGAAGCACAGCUGACAGUGGUCACCGGGGUCAGACACUGACCCGGCUCCACGGUCCAGCUGAUGCUGACACUGACGACAGCUGUUUGGCAACGCGGAGAGUGAGCAGUCGCCUGGUCUCUGACACUGCAGCGGGGCACUUCCUGCCUCCUGACAGUGACACGGACUGGCGGUGGAUGAGGUCAGUCUCGUCAGAGAGAGUUGACAGUGACGUUCACCUCCUGCUGCCUGACAGCAGCCUGAGCCAGCCCCGUGAGCCUGAGCCCCGGGUGUGGUGAGCUGAGCCUGAGAUCAGAUCUAAGCUGGUUCUGAGGCCGGCCACCAAGCCUGGCGAGAGGUUCAUUGGUUACCAACAAGUAUUACUCUGGGAGAGGGUGAGGCGCUCGCUGACAGACACUAAAACCAUCGUGUCAGAACCAGUCCGCGAUCACGUCAUCCUCUCUCAGGAGUGUGCUGUUUCUCAUGCUCCUGAGCUCCGCCCACCACUCACAUCCCUCCAUCGUUUAUGAAAGCAGCCGCAGAAACUACGCUCUAGUGGCGUCUGUUGGAAGUCCCGCUGGAGAGAUAGGAGGGUGCUGCUCAGGAGCAUGGCAAACUAUGGAAAGAUGGAGACAAAAAAAGAGAUAAAAAAAAAAAACAACACUUGCUGUUGCUCAUUUUUGAUUAUGACAACCAAAUGAUGAGAACAUUUAAAAACAACAUGUUCGAGCUGGGCCUUUAAUAAGGUGAUUCAACUUCCUAUUUUCAGGGCAGCAACGUCUUGCCAAUGAGCAUAAAAUAACUCCACCAUGCUGUUGCUUUGUUUUAUGCCUAACACACAAGUGACGUCGUCAUUUUAUAUACGCCACAUACGCUUACAUACAAUGUGUAAAAUGCAAGUCAUUACCAUGGUUCAUGAGCACAUAAAAUAAAUUUUUUUAAACUGAAAUACUUAUUUUUAGCCACUUAUAAUGCUUGAUGCCAUGUUUCUGUAAUUUUUUGACUAAAGUGUGUUUUGUUGAAAUGGAAGGCGUUGGAAGGAGAUUGACUGUGGGAAUACACUCUGUGCUUCAUGACGGUUUCUGUGGGAAGAAUAUUUGGACCCUGAAACUUGAUACCCGCACAGAACUGUGUUGUGUUGUUGUGAAAGAAGAUUGCGCAAUAAAAAGAAUCAAACGGC